UCAAUUAGGCGCAUCAUCACAGAUUAUAAUUGUGUUUCAAUGAAGACCAUUGCCUGUCAUAUUCCAGAGGCUUCUUUGAGAACGGAUCAAUAUUGUGCAAGUUGCUGCGGACGAUUCAUAGCUGCAGCGGCAGUUGAUGGAGAAAUAUUUGCAAUCUUUACAUCCUCAUCCGCACACCAGAGGCAUCAAAGGCCAUAAGACUGAAAUGAGCGACCAUCAAGAAAAAGACAGCAAACACAGAAAGACCGCUAACUCAAAAUCUCAGCAAAUUAAGCAACAUUCACAAAAUCAAGGCACUCGUCAUCGUUCAGAUGAUAAUGCUUGCUAUGGCGUCACUCAUUCAACAGCGUUGGAAGGCAUUUUUAGUGAUCAUCAACCCGACCAUCAACGGCAGCGAGAUGAUGACAAGACUCAUCAUCCUCACCACAGCCAUCACGAGCAAAACCAUCGGCAUGCUUCUCUUUCAGAAUCUCUCCUGAGUUUCUCAACUGUUUCCUCUUCAUCCUCCUUCUCCUCUUCUUCUACUUCUCCUUCUUCUUCUCCAUCAACACCUUCCUCUUCUUCCUCCUUUUCUUCAUCUCCUUCUUCUUCUUCUUUUUCUUCGUCAACACCCUCCUACAAUUCUUCUUCUUUGUCCUCCUCCUCUUCAACAUCUUCCUCCUCCUCAAGCCUGUCUUCUGAGACCAGCAACAAGUGCUCUGAAGGACAUCCAAGUGAGAAGCCCCACCAUUCACAGUCAUGUACAGACAUUUCCAAGAAGCACAACUAUUUUGAAAAUGAAGACAACGACACAGCCCCGUUGAUAGAUAAAAGAGGUCAUCAAAACAGGCACAGUGCCAAACAGGAGAAAGGCAAGUCUUCUCACAGUGGCCCCACUCAUGGCACCCUUAAGAACAGACAGAGGACCAAAAGAGGCUCAGGAAAUUAUGAAUGUUUCCGCAAAGCCAAAUCCAUGGAGGCUCUCAAUCGACCCAAAGAACGAGAAUGGCAUGGAAACCAAGAUGAAAUUGAACAAGAGAGGGGAAAAGGUGAAGCUAAGAAGAAUUUGACAAAGGAAAAAAUGAAGUUCUCUGCCUUCCUCAAUGAGAUCACUCGGCAGGUUCUCAGCCCAAUGAGACUGACCACUCUUGGGGUUACAAAUGCUCAUGGAUUCUGCCGUACAGGGCAGGUCUCUGUUAGAUCUAGUAAAGGAGUAGGCAGCACAGAGAAACACACACAGCAGAGGAGUCGGCAUGCCAGUGCAGAGUCAGUUACCUCCAGCGAGCAUUCCCAUACCAGCAAACACUCUGGUCUUUAUCCGUCUAAAUCUUUCCACCACCAUCACCGUUCUCCGGACUCACCCCAUCGCAUGGAUCACAGUCCCGGAAGCUGCGUUGAUAUUAGCUGUUUAAAAAGACAUCACUCAUGGUCACAAAAUUCCCAGCGUCGCUCCCAUUCACCGUCCUAUGGGCACAACCACUACCAUCCCCGGACAGACCAUCACACUUCCAGUCAUCAUCAUCAUGGGGACAGCUCAUGUAAGCAACAUCAUCACGGACAUCGCAACAGUCCUGUCUAUCCGCAUAAGGAUCAUUUCAGCCCAACUUACCAUUAUGAUGACCACCAUCACAAAAACCAUGACAACACAUCCCACCGCCGUCACUCUGGAGACCAUCAUCGUGGAGACCACGACCACCCAAAUAACAAACCCAGAGAGCAUCACAGUGCAAAAAUGUAUCAACAACAUGGCAACAAUCAUAGAUCUUCUUUUCACCAUCAGCAUGGAGACCACCAAGGCCAUAGUCAAGACCAUCAACAUGGCAACCACCACACCCCAACACAUCACCAUGGAGACCAUCACAGUUCAGCUCACUACCGCCACAGCAACCAACCAAACAUUGAAGGCCCUAUAACACCACGUCACUACGGAGAUCACCACAGCGCAACAAUUCAUCAUAACCAUGGAGUACACCAGAGUGGAGAUCACUUACAUCACCAUAAAGUACACCACAGUGAAGCUCACCUGCAUCACCAUGGGUACCACCACAGUACAUCUUGUAGGCAUCCCCAUGGAGACCAGAGUCAAGAUCAUAAGCGUCACCAUGGAGACCACCACAGUCCACACGAUCAGCAUCACCACUAUCGAGACACUUCAAACCACCAGGUUCCCCAUGGAGACCAACACAGCAAAGUUCAUCAGCAUCACCAUGUAAAGCACCAAAGUAAAUUAAAUAGGCAUCCGCAGGAAGACCACCACAGUCCAGACCUUAAGCACCAUCACGAAGAAAAGCACAGUAAACCUCUUCAGUAUCACCACGGAGACCACCACAGUGUAGACCAUAAGCAUACCCAUGGAGAAAAGCCCAAUUUGGGGCAUGAGCAUCACCAUGGAGAAAAGCACAGUGAAGCUCAUCAGCAUCACCAUGGAGAUCACCACAGUAAAGCUCAUCAGCAUCACCAUGGCAAUCACCACAGUCCAGACCAUCAGCACCAACAUGGAGACAAGCAAAGUGAAGCUCAACAGCAUCACCAUGCAGACCACCACAGUCCAGACCAUCAGCAUCACCAUGGAGACAAGCAAGGUGAAGGUCAACAGCAUCACCAUGCAGACCACCACAGUCCAGACCAUCAGCAUCACCAUGGAGACAAGCAAGGUGAAGGUCAACAGCAUCACCAUGCAGACCACCACAGUCCAGACCAUCAGCAUCACCAUGGAGACAAGCAAAGUGAAGCUCAACAGCAUCACCAUGCAGACCACCACAGUCCAGACCAUCAGCAUCACCAUGGAGACAAGCAAAAUGAAGCUCAACAGCAUCACCAUUCAGACCACCACAGCCCAGACCAUCAUCGUCACCAUGGAGACAAACACAGUCCAGGCCAUCAGCAUCACCAUGGAGACAAGCAAAGUGAAGUUCAUCAGCAUCACCAUGAAGACCACCACAGUCCAGACCAUCAGCAUCACCAUGGAGGCAAGCACAGUCCAGGCCAUCAGCAUCCCCAUGGAGACAAGCAAAGUGAAGUUCAUCAGCAUCACCAUGAAGACCACCACAGUCCAAACCAUCAGCAUCACCAUGGUGACAACCACAGUCAAGUUCAUCAGCAUCAUCAUGGAGACCACCACAGUAAAGCUCUUCAGCAUCACCAUGGCAACCACCACAGUGCUGACCAUCAACCUCAACUUGCAGACCAUCAGCAUCACCAUGGCGACCACCACAGUGAAACUCAUCAGCAUCACCAUGGAUCCCACAAUACUCCGGGCCAUCAGCAUCACCAUGGAGAUCACUAUAGCAAAAGUCAUAGUCUGGGACAUCCACCUGAAUCGCAUAUUAACCAGCCCCAUUCUAAAAAUAAUGAUCUUGACCUUGACAACAACCCUCAGUUCCCUCCCUUCAGCAGUCCCCCUUCACCCAGGCAGCUGGAAUGUCUUUCAAGGAAGGCGGGGUCACCAAGCAUCACUAGCAGCCCUUCCAGUCAUGAUGAGGAAGAGACAAGCUUCACUGGCUCAUCAUUACAUAAAGAAAAGGAACCCGAACAUGGUAGAAUCAAGAACCUUCAGGGGGAGAAUGAAGUACUGCAUCACAGUUUGCUGAAGACAGCAGUGAGAAUGGAGUGUUUAGGAGAAGAGUUCCUGAGCAGCCAAAAGCUUCUGGAGGCAGAACUUCAGAGGACACGUGUUGAGCUUAACAACCUCACAGAGAGGUUUAAAAGACUACAUGACAACUGCUCCUCCACACAACAGACAAAUAACCUUCUAGAGCAAAAGCUUCAUUCGGUGGCUCAGAGUAUGGAAGGAGAACGUGAGAGGUUGAACCAGCGUAUUUCAGCUCUGACAGAGAAGCUCUCUGAUGCUAAAUUUGCCAAUAGUGUGCAACCAUUAAGUGUCACAUCAGAGCUCCACAAAAGUGACCUCCAUUUUCAGUCCGAUGUUGCUGUUGAUCACAUGGUUCACCCCAUCACUCCCCCUCCGGUACAGUUCAUGGACUGCCAUAAUAACUACGAAAAGGAGGCAUCCCUCGGGCCAGUUCUGGAGGAGGAGGAAUCUGACUGGUCAGAGAGGGGCGACGAGACCCCACGAUUUAUCCUGACAGGAUCAAACAGAGGUGAAGUAUGGAGCCACCGGGGAGCGGACGUGGACAAAGAUAGCGAGUCAGGGGGUGAGGAAAUUGUCAGACGACACUCUCCAUGCCCAAUGCAGGUACCGCACUUCCAGUUCACCAUUCACAACAAGGACCUGUCUGAUGGCAUGAGUGGCGAGGGCACAUACAUGUUCACCACGAGCCCGAACAUCGGCUCUGCCAUCCUGAUCCGUUCAGCAAGUCUGGAGGAGAUCCCCCUGGCCCGCCACCACACGCAGAAGGAGCUACGAGGCACGGAGGCCAUGAUGGACCUCCACCAGCAAGGGCACGAAGUGAUCAAGGAUUUAGAUAAUGAGAUCAUUCAUCACUGGAGAUCAAGCAACGACCGGCCAAUAGAAAACAGGAAAUCAGAGACAGAUAGCAGCCUGGCCACCCUGGAGUCGGCCGAGCGAAUGCUCAGUCAAUUCAUAUGUGGAUCGCAACCCGCUGAAGGUCAAGGGCAUGGCAGGGCCGGGGUUCACGGCAGGGCUGGAGGUGUUCCAGAUGACGCGUUGAAAGGGGAGCGAACACAGCUGUGACCCAAAUAUGAGUGCAACGUUCACUAGGUGUGAAAUCUAAUUUACUUCUUUAAUCUUUAUUCAUCCUAAAAAAUUAAAUAAAGCUCUUUUUCAGUGGUUUGGAGUUUUGGCCCCUCAAAUUAACAUUUGGUUUUAUAAGGCUUAACCUUUCAGUCAAAACUGCAAAAAGACUCCUCAGACACGAACACAUAUUUGUAGUUUUAAACAAGCCUGUAAAGCAUGAGAUCAAUACAACAAGCAGAUCCCAUGUGGAAUUGAAGACCAAUGAACGAAAUAAUGUAUUUAAACAUUAACUAUAUUUCUCUGUACAAUGAAACAUUCUCUACAGCUGAUAAUUUAUAUUUCUGUAUAUGUUAACAGAAACGGGUAUUUCCUUAGCUGUUCUAACAAUUUAUUCUUUUAGCUUUAUUGUAGAUAACAUAUACAUUCAUAUAUAGUAUAUUCAUUUUAUA